UCAACUGUUUCACACAGAGAAGGACCUGUUACUAUCCUCAUUCAGAAGGAUUUUAUACAAUGACAAUCUUAUGGUCUAACUUCUGGUAGAGGAAUGAAAAGAAAGUUAUAUUUAGAAUGAAUUUCUUCACGUUCCUAUUUCUUCUUUCCCUCGUGCAUGGUUCAUUACAGUCACUUGACACCUUUACAUUAAAAGGAAAUGCCAAUGGACAGCCAUGUGUAUUCCCUUUCAAAUACGAAGGCAAACUGUACAGUGAGUGCACAGAUGCUGGUAGGUCAGAUGGCUGGCUCUGGUGUGCUACAACUGCAGACUUUGAUGCUGAUAAACUGUACGGAUUUUGCCCACUAAUAAAUGACACAGAAAGGUUUUGGACAGAAGAUGUUUCAACUGGCAUUCACUAUCAGAUAAACUCAGAAUCAGCUCUAACAUGGCACCAAGCAAGGAAAAGUUGUCAGCAGCAAAAUGCGGAACUACUAAGCAUCACAGAGAUUCAUGAGCAAACAUAUAUAGGAGAGCUAACUAUAAAAUUCAGUUUUCCAUUCUGGAUUGGAUUGAACACUUUGAAUUUCAACAGUGGAUGGCAAUGGGCUGGGGGAAGCCCUUUCAGAUAUUUGAACUGGGCUCCAGGAAAUCCUUUCCUGCUCCCUGGGAAAAUCUGUGGAGUGAUGAAUCCCCAAAAGAAUGCUAAAUGGGAAAACCAAGCGUGUAACCAGAGACUUGGCUACAUUUGUAAAAAGAGAAAUUUCGAUUCAAAGUCUGACAUUAUACCCAAGGAGGAAAUGAGACCUAUUAAGUGCACGAACGGUUGGUGGCCAUACGCAGGCCACUGCUACAGCAUUCAACGAGAACCCAAAGUGUGGAAAGACGCUCUGACUUCAUGUAAGAAGCAAGAUGGAGAUUUGGCAAGUGUCCACAACAUUGCUGAACACAGCUUUCUAGUGUCACAGCUUGGUUACAAGACAACGGAAGAGCUAUGGCUGGGUCUGAAUGAUCUGAAGACUCACUUCUAUUUUGAGUGGAGUGACAGGACUCCUGUGACAUUCACCAAAUGGCAGCACAGACAUCCCACCUACACAAGUGGUCUGGAGGACUGCGUUGUUAUGAAGGGACAGGAUGGAUACUGGGCAACUGAAGUUUGUGAUAAGCAACUUGGUUAUAUCUGUAAAAAGAAGCCUUCAUCACAAACCUCUGAAAAAGAGACAAUUGAGGACCCAGGCUGCCAGAAAGGUUGGAAAAGAUACGGUUUUCACUGCUACUUGGUAGGCUCUGCACUUGUAACAUUCUCAGAAGCAAAUAAGACAUGUGAGUGGAGCAAAGCUUAUCUAGCUACAGUGGAAAGCAGAAAUGAGCAAGCCUUUCUGAUUAGCCUGAUUGGUCUGAGGUCAGAAAAAUAUUUCUGGAUCGGUCUUUCCAACACAGAAGAACGAGGGAGUUUCAGGUGGACCAGUGGUGAAAAACCUCUCUUCACACACUGGAACACAGCAAUGCCAGGAAAAGAGCAAGGCUGUGUUGCCAUGACAACUGGAAUUGCAGCUGGAUUAUGGGAUGUUGUUAGCUGUGAGAAGACAGCAAAUUAUCUUUGCAAACAGCAGGCAGUGGGAGCGACACCUCCUGCUCCUCCAGUAUGGGUCCCCACAGCCGCCUGUGCUGAAGGCUGGGAUGAGGCGUCCCAGACAGGCUCCUGCUUCAAAUUUUUUGUGAGAGCAGGAAACCAAAAGAAGUCUUGGUUUGAGGCUGAAGAAUUCUGUAGAGAAAUAGGCGGAUAUCUGGUCACAAUCAAUACAAGAGAGGAUCAAAUUUUAAUAUGGCAAUUAGCAUCGGAAAAAGGACUGCACACUCAAGCUUUCUGGAUUGGUUUGUUUCUCUUAAAUCCAGAUGAAGGAUUUGCCUGGAUUGAUGGUUCCCCUGUAAUUUAUGAGAACUGGGAUGAAGAUGAACCCAAUAACCAUGAAGGACUUGAACACUGUGUUACGUUUAAUAGAUCACCCCAAAUGCGUUGGAAUGACUUGCGCUGUGAACAUUUACUUAAUUGGAUUUGUGAAACAAGAAAAGGUACACCGCUAAAACCUGAACCAAACUACAAAUUUGAAUAUCAAGCCACAAGUGAUGGAUGGGUUAUAUUUGAAAAUAAGCAGUACUAUUUCAGCAAAGAACAUGUCCAUAUGGAGGAAGCACGGAGAAUUUGUCAGAAGAACUUUGCAGAUCUGGUUGUCAUUGAGAAUGAAAGGGAAAGACAAUUUCUAUGGAAAUAUAUUUACACAAAACGCAGGGUGGAAUCGUAUUUUAUUGGCUUAGUUGUCAGCUUUGAUCAGAAAUUCAGCUGGCUGGAUAAGACCCCAGUGAACUAUGUUGCCUGGGCUCCAAAUGAACCUAAUUUUGCAAAUAAUGAUGAAAACUGUGUGAUAAUGUCAGGAGAUUUUGGAUUUUGGAAAGAUAUAAGCUGUGCUGUGAAAAGUGCCUUCAUCUGUGAAAGGCAUAACUCAACUUACGUAGGAUUUGCUCCUACCUUACUUUCACCUCUGGGAGGGUGUCCUGAAACUUGGCAUUUGUUUAACAAUAAGUGCUAUAGAAUACUUGGAUCCAGAGAGGAAGAAAGACUGACUUGGCACUCUGCAAGAAGUGCUUGUAUAGAAUUAGGAGCAAAUUUGGCCUCUAUACACAACGACCAAGUACAAGCCUUCUUCACCUUCCACCUGAAGGAUGUUGCAGGUGAAACCUGGAUUGGAUUGAAUGACAUUAACAAUGAGGAUGUAUAUCUUUGGACGGAUGGAAGCCUUUUUGACUAUUCAAAAUGGGCAAGAAAAUUCCCUUUUAGAGAUAAAUAUAUAAAAGUUGACUGGAACUUUAUUACAAUACAGACCGACUGUAUUGCAAUGACAGAAAGAUCUGGAGAAGAAGCAGGGUACUGGAAAAACACUGACUGCCAGCAUAACAAAAGCUAUAUUUGCCAGAUGGACAGCAAGCCUGAGCUGCUUCAUUCCACACCCGCUCCAGAUUCUGAUUUCAUCCAUUAUGGUAACAGCAGCUAUUUAAUCAUUCCUUCUAAAAUGAAUUGGGAAGAAGCAAGAAAAGCCUGCAAGGAGAAAUCUUCAGACCUUGCCACCAUUUUUGAUUAUUACAGUAAUAUAUUCCUGCUACUGCAGGCAGGAAAAUAUGGAGAGCCCUUAUGGAUUGGGCUCAACAGCAAUAUGACUUAUGGCCAUUACAGAUGGACUAAUAAAAAGAAAAUAAUUUUUUCUAAUUGGUAUUAUGGAGAACCAGAACAGAAAAUAGCCUGUGUCUAUCUAGACCUCCGUGGGACCUGGAAAACAGCACCUUGUAAUGAAAAACAUCUUCCUGUCUGCAAAAAAUCUGAGGAUGAACUUCCUUCUGAUCCCCCACAGGAUAUAGGAAAAUGUCCUGAAUCUGAUCACAUAUCUUGGAUUCCUUUCCGAAGCCACUGCUAUAACUUCAAUGCCAAUGAAAUGAGCUGGGCUCAGUCUGUGACUCAGUGUGUUCAAUCAGGUGGUACAUUGGCUUCUAUAGAAGAUCUGGCUGAAUCAAACUUUUUAGCAGAGCAUGCAGACUUAUACACGAGCAAGACAAGUGGCUUUUGGAUAGGAAUGUACAGAAAUGUAAAUGGGCAGCUGCUUUGGCAAGACAACAGUGCCAUAGACUUUGUCAACUGGGGUGAAGGACAGCCCUCAGAAGACCAGUUUGACUGCGUGGAGUUAUCUGCAUUCUCUGGCUACUGGAGUAUGCUUCCCUGCUCGUCCCAAAAGGGUUUUAUUUGUAAGAAACCAAACACUAUUCUUAAAGCAACAGCAAACAUGGAAGAUGCUGAAGAGGACAAAGAACAUGGUCACGUGAAUAUGUGGAUACUACUUAUUCUGGUCAUCAUCAUUUUAUUAGGGAUGGGCUUCAUGAUUUAUUUCUUGUUCAAGAUCAAAAGUCAAAAGAGUGAGACUGAAAGAGAGUCGAGGCGGAGCAGCACUCUACUAGAAUACAGUUAUGUCCCAGCUGGAAGGGGUGAUGAAAAUGAUUCUGCCAACAACAAAGAAAAACAUCAACAGAGCAUCGUCUAAUGGGAUAACAAAGCAAAACUAUAUGAUUAAUCUUAAAAAAAAAUCUAGCUAGAAUAAAGGAAAUCUUAGUAAAAGUUAGGUGCAACUAAUAGACACUGAAUUAAAAUUAGCAGUUAUUCUUUUGGUAAGGACUAAGAAUGAGUACUCCGUGUUCUUCAAAAAAUAGUCUCAGGACUAAGACUUAGUACUGUAUAAAUUGGUUAAUUAAAGAAGCAUGAAAAAUAAUAGAACUAGUGGGCAUUUAGAUUUUAAAGUUAUGAAUUAAUACCCUAGUAUUCCCUCUUUUUAGAGAUUUGUGGCAGCAUCACAUACAGAGUCAACUGCAGACAGAUAGACAGUACUCUCUUUGCAGAGUGGCGAGCCUCAAAGACUGCGCCUCGAGAAUAAAUCUCAUCACCACAUACUGAAGAGUGCAUACUGUCACUCAAAAAAAUGAUGUUUUGAAGAAACAGAUUUGCAUGAAUCUUUUUUUAGUAUUAAUUUUUAAGUAUUAAAAUUAAUUUGUACUUUAUGGAUUAAAUAAUUUUGAAAGGCAGUUUUGUUGUCAAAAUUACUGGUUAAUGGAAAUAUCUGUAAAGAUUUGGCUAUUUUUUUUGGUUCUCCUGAGAUAAAGUCACAUGAAAUAACAGCAGAAUAGAUUUACCAGUUGAUAAAGCAGAGAGGAUGAAAGCCAGGUUUAUACCUAGUGCCCAGUUUGACAAGUUACUCAGCAAAAUUAAAUUGCCUGUCUGGUUUGAUUUGUCACACUGAAAUGGUAGACAUUGCUCAGUGCAUCAAAUUAAAUAAAUAUAACUUUUGUAGCAGUGAAACCUAUCUAGCCAAUUAAACUGCUUUUUUAAAAUUAUUUUUUGUCAUUGAGUUUCCAAGGUUUGCAUGUAUGAAAUUUAAAGCAUGUCCAUUUAAAGUGCACUCCCUGCUUCUUUGUCUCUAAUGGUCAGAACUUUACAACUCCAGAGCAGAAAUAAGAAGUUAAACAACAAGAAAGUUAAAAAUAAUUCAGUGGAACAAUGUUGAACUGUUGAAAGUUUUCCAUUUGCAUUUGAAUAGAAGGAAACUUCACUUUCAGAUGAAAAGUUUGAAUUUUGUAAUUAUUUGUAGAUUUCAAAAUACCACACGUGACAGGAUAUUUCCUUAUUUAGAGCCCAGAAUUUUCUCUUUCAACUAAAACUCUCCAAAAUUGAGACAGAGACAGCACCAGCUGGUUCCUUAAAGACUUCUUCUGCAGCAAUUAAUUGCAGCUCAUCUCUUUGUGAAUAAGAAGAAAGAAAUGAUACCCUUGAUUCUUUCUACAGCUUUAGUUUUCCUUCCUUUUGUUUAUACUGCUUUUCAGAUUCUUG